UUGAGCCGGGCAACAAAGGUCCAUUUCCCAGCUUCAUUCAAUCAUCAACUGCGCAUCUCACUCUAUACUCUAUGCGACAGAACAACCGAACUCCUUUCCUCAGCCUCUCCUUACUGUGUCUUGUAGAUAAUUGAUCUAUUCUGUACCAACCACCGCAGUGACCUUCAAACCAGAGUAUAAUAAACAUGGCGCCAGCAGCGCAAUUUGAGCUUGCGCAACCGCCAAACGAUGCGAUAUCCUCACUUGUAUUCGCACCCGAGUCUCCCUCGCGCCUCCUAGUCUCUUCCUGGGAUAAGAAUGUCUACCUUUAUGACACACAAGCGUCCGACUCCACAGAAGGCCAGCACGGUUCGCUGAUCCGCGCCAUCGAGCACCGCGCGCCCGUGCUCGACGUUUGUUUUGGCGCCAACGACAACGAAGCUUUCAGCGCCGGCAUGGACUGGCAAGUAUUGAAGCUCGACCUGACGACUGGUGAACAAACUACACUCAGCAAGCACACUGCGCCUGUAAGGAGGGUAGUCUACAGUCGAGAGCAUUCCCUUGUCGUCUCCGCCUCCUGGGACAGCACGCUACACGUACACAACGCAACCGACACAACCCAAGCGCCGCUCGAAAUAUCCCUUCCCGGCAAACCUCACGCCAUGGCAGCAAGUCCCUCAAAGCUCAUAGUAGCCAUGACAUCCCGUCUAGUCCACAUCUACGAUCUCUCAGCCCUAGUAUCAGGGCUAUCAUCGCAAACCGCCCCCGCGCCGUGGCAACAGCGCGAAUCCUCGCUCAAGUUCCUCACACGCGCCGUAGCCGCCAUGCCAUCAGACGCAGGAUAUGCCACGAGCAGUAUCGAAGGUCGUGUGGCUGUAGAAUUCUUCGACGCGUCCGCCGAGUCGCAGGCGCGAAAAUACGCCUUUAAGUGCCACCGCCAGAACCAGCCACCCCCCGACGGCAGCGGCGCCGGCCCCACCGACGUUGUCUACCCCGUGAACGCACUAGCAUUCCACCCAGCCUACGGCACUUUCGCGAGCGGCGGCGGCGACGCCACCGUCGCCCUCUGGGACGCAGAAGCCAAGCGACGCAUGAAAGUGUACCAGAAAUUCCCUGACAGCGUCGCCGCGCUGGCAUUCUCCGCUGACGGCCGCUACCUGGCUAUCGCGGUAUGUCCUGGCUUCGAGACGGGCAUGGAAGACUACAGCGGCGAGGGCCGCACUAAGAUUCUUAUUAGAGAACUCGGUGAGAACGAGGCCCUGCCAAAGGGCAAAGCGAAGUAGUCAUAUCACUUAUGAAGAGUAAAUGAACAAACGGAGAAGCCAGAUCAAGACUAGCAGCCGGACCCGUCUCAUCUCGGGACUGGAACCAGGGCGCGCAGUGAGUCAUUAGCGAUGAGACUCGUGCAGAAAGGGAGAGAAGGGCCAUCACUACUAUGACAAUACCAAGUGUGUCACACACCUAUCGAUCUACAGAUAUUUUGUCCCAAAGGAAACAAAGAGGUGACCAGCAGCACCGGCGUUUAAGGCGAGCAGGGGGGGGCUUAAAUGAUUCUAUUAUUGAAUUGAGUGGAAUAGAAUAGCUUCUGGCCCUCUUCAGUCCCCAGUCAAAACUAAGACCAGGCCAGCAGCAGAGGUCAGAGCCGUUUCUAAACUCAAAGAUCUGAUUGUAGAAAUAGAUCUAAUCAUACCCAUUUUUCAAGUAAACCUAAUCUAUAACACUGGGGAAUGUAAACGCAUCGAAAUAAAGUACUAUAAAUCAUAUAACUACCUAGGUAGGUACUCAAUUACCAAAAUAGUGUGGU